UAAGCAAAUCCAUUCUUGUGCCGUUUCUCGGAAAAGCUUUUCAGUAAAUGCACUCAUGCUGCUCCAGAAGCUCUUCUCCGCGACAAGCCGCCCAUCUGCCAUCAACAAGUUAAGACCGACAGAACUAACAGCUGCGGUAAGGAAAGCCUGAAGCUCCGAUGAUCAGCAGUAAUCAGAGGAGGAGGAAAUUAUUAACUGAUAAUCAAAGCUGAUUUAGGGGAUCAGAGCACCACAGAAAAUGAAACCGAUGCUAUCUAGAGGAAUAUCCUAAGGAAAAACCAAUUCACCCUGGCAGAUUUGAAUUUUACUUGGAAAUCCUGGGACACAGAAAACAGGAAACCGGUUAAAGGCUCCUGCAUGUUAGAGCCUUUUACAGACUCACUGCGUUGAGUCUGACAACCUCGACUGAAUGCAGCCUCCAAUGUGCUCAGAAGAAUGGGCUUACAUUUCAAGUGGCCAUUAGGGGCCCCUAUGCUGGCAGCAAUAUAUGCAAUGAGUGUGGUUUUAAAAAUGCUGCCUGCCCUGGGUAUGGCGUGUCCACCCAAAUGCCGCUGUGAGAAGCUGCUAUUCUACUGCGACUCUCAGGGCUUCCAUUCAGUGCCAAACGCCACAGACAAGGGUUCUCUGGGCCUGUCCCUGAGGCACAAUCACAUCACAGCGCUUGAAAGAGAUCAAUUUGCCAGCUUCAGUCAACUCACCUGGCUCCACUUAGAUCACAAUCAAAUUUCAACUGUAAAAGAAGAUGCUUUCCAAGGACUAUAUAAACUUAAGGAGUUAAUCUUAAGUUCCAACAAAAUAUUUUACUUGCCAAACACAACUUUUACCCAACUGAUUAACCUGCAAAAUUUGGACCUGUCUUUUAAUCAGCUGUCAUCUCUGCAUCCUGAGCUCUUCUAUGGCCUUCGGAAGCUGCAGACAUUGCAUUUGCGUUCCAACUCCCUGCGGACUAUCCCAGUACGCCUGUUCUGGGACUGUCGUAGUCUAGAGUUUCUGGAUUUGAGCACAAACCGUUUGCGAAGUUUGGCUCGCAAUGGAUUUGCAGGAUUAAUCAAACUGAGAGAGCUUCACCUAGAGCACAACCAGCUGACAAAGAUUAAUUUUGCUCAUUUCCUCCGGCUAAGCAGUCUGCACACACUCUUCUUACAAUGGAACAAAAUCAGCAACUUGACGUGUGGGAUGGAAUGGACCUGGAGCACUUUAGAAAAGCUAGAUCUAACUGGAAAUGAAAUCAAAGCCAUCGACUUAACGGUAUUUGAAACCAUGCCUAAUCUUAAAAUACUCCUCCUGGAUAACAACAAGUUAAACAGUCUCGAUUCCAAAAUCUUAAACUCCCUGAGAUCCCUCACAACCGUUGGCCUCUCUGGCAAUCUGUGGGAAUGCAGCCCCCGAGUGUGUGCUCUCGCCUCCUGGCUGGGCAGUUUCCAAGGUCGGUGGGAGCAUUCCAUCCUAUGCCACAGCCCUGACCACACCCAGGGAGAGGAUAUUCUAGACGCAGUCCACGGGUUUCAGCUCUGCUGGAAUUUAUCAACCACUGUCACUGCCAUGGCUACAACUUACAGAGAUCCAACCACUGAAUAUACAAAAAGAAUCAGCUCAUCAAGUUACCAUGUAGGAGACAAAGAAAUUCCAACUACUGCAGGCAUAGCAGUUACUACAGAGGAACACUUUUCCGAACCAGACAAUGCCAUCUUCACUCAGCGAGUAAUUACGGGAACAAUGGCUUUAUUGUUUUCUUUCUUUUUUAUUAUUUUUAUAGUGUUCAUUUCCAGGAAGUGCUGCCCUCCCACUUUAAGAAGAAUUAGACAGUGCUCAAUGAUUCAGAACCACAGGCAGCUCCGAUCCCAAACACGACUCCAUAUGUCAAACAUGUCAGACCAAGGACCGUAUAAUGAGUAUGAACCCACCCAUGAAGGACCUUUCAUCAUCAUUAAUGGUUAUGGACAGUGCAAGUGUCAGCAGCUGCCAUACAAAGAAUGUGAAGUAUAAUAUCUACUCAGCAUCAAAAAUCACAUCAGAUAAGUAACCUAUUUUACAUUGUAGGGGCUAAAUACAUAUCUAAUUUUUACCAAUUGUGACAUUAAGCCUAAUUUUCCAAAUCAAGUGGAGACUUGAGUUUUUGAAGUGUUGAAGUAUUUUUAAUUUUUUUAAUGAAAACAUAUUUUAAGUGUUAUAUGAAGCAAUGCUCAUAUUAAUUUGCACUCUUGUUGGAAAAUCUAAAUGCUUAAUUCAAUAUAAAACAUUUCAUGUAUGUAAUUAUAUACUAUUGUAUGUAAACAUUUACACUAAGGUCUCCUCCAUGUUAUUUUUUUUCUACUGGAAACAGUUCCGAAAGAAGCUACUAAACAAAAAUAGAUAGGGAUGAAAACCUGUUUGAUUAUUAUGUUCCAUCCCAUGGACCACAACUGGCUUCCUGCUUAAAAGGAGACAGCAAAAGUUCUCUUGUAAGAUAAAGUGGUAUUUACUCAAACUAUAAUUUACUGCCAGUAUGAGAAGUAGACUUACAUGUGUGUUUAAGACUGGUAAAUAUUAAACAUUAUUCUUUCAGAGUUUGGCCUGGUUUAAUAGACAUUAUCUAAGUUACAUCAUGAAACCAGCACCUUUUACAUAACUCUAAUAAAACCGGGUGACUCUUUAAUUUUCAACAAUAAAUCCAAGCAAUUAUUUUAAAAGGUCUCAUUAUAAUAAAUCAAUACUAAAUAAUUACACUGACUUCUUAUACAACUCUAGUUUGACUUAUAAUGGACAUGCUGAUUUUUGUGGCAUUUAGACUAUUAUUUUAAACUAGUAUUAAAUUAUCAUUUUACUAAUUAACUUACUAAAUCCUAAACUUAUGUAAAAACCUGCAGUUUGGAAAGAGAAAAAUUGAGGCAACUUAACAAUCCUGAUAUACUCCAUCCGGUUUGAAAAGAAAGCAACUCUCAUGAUUAAAAGAUGCCUUGACAAACUGUUUAAGCUUCUUCCUUCUGUCUUUUUCUGAUCUUUAAACCUCAAAGACCCAAAUUAAAAAUAAUUGGGUACUAAAGAUGCCUAGCGCUGAUUCUUGUUACAUUAUAAAGAAACAAUGAAAAAUUAAUUUCAAAAUAUGAUGUUAAAGUUUGACCUUUAAUAAAGAUACACAUUUAUAUUGUCAGCUCCUUUUGAGACAGAACUAACCUAUUUCCGAGGCAAGUCCUAAGGCAGAACUCUUGAUACAGGCCCUGCAGCCAUACAUACAACAGUAAGUGAAGGCAGAAGCCCGACUCUCAGGUUAGUGGAAGCUAUGAAGCAGCAAACAUUAUUGUACAAUUUGCACCAAAUAAGCGAUGCUCAGGGACCUGUAUGAUACAGAAGUAGGCUCUUUGGUGUAAAUACGGAUGUUCUCGUCAUAAUAACAAAUGACAAUGAUGCCACAUUUUUUUCAUGAAGGAAAGAAUCACAAAUGUUCAAUUAUGACUUCUUUAAAGCAAGUGAUGGCAUACUGAGGAUUUAGACUCAAGAUACCAAUUCAUGUAGAAUUUUUCUACAAAGAAGGCUCCACAUAUAGGAGAAUAUUGAAAUUAAAGCACCAAUUUGAUUUCAGGGAAAAAAAACAAGCAUUUGUAUGUGGAAAAAAAAUGUAUAAAUUCUUAAAGAAAGGCACUAACAUAAAAAAGGGAGGCAUCCUUUCCUUAACAUGGAUGUUUAUCACUACAUUCUUCACUCAAAGCUUUUUUCCUCCCCAAGAUUGAAAUGUUACUACAGACCUAGAUUCAAUCACAAUUUUCCUCUUUUAGCACAGAAAAAACCACCCACAUUUCAAAUCUCUUAGCAAAAAGCAGACAAUAUUCAGGUUACAGUGAAAAUAUGUGUUCUUUAUGUAUUUAAGGUGGGUAGAUUAGUUUGGCAAAGCCUCAGAGCAGUUCAAUUCAGUUGAUCUUGAGUGGCAAGCAUUUCAUCUCCUGAUAACCCAGACGCUGGGCUUGUCUGAGCCAAGACAGAUGCUGGUUUUCAGGCACAGAGCACAGCACACUGCUUCCCCACCGAGGUGGGGAAGAAUUUACCAACUUGUAUGAUGGCGACCACUGCCAUUUGUCAGGUGAUAGGAAGCUUGUACACAGCAACAGCUUUGAGCAUACAAGACUCCAUUGGCCCUAAAGGAUAACUGUUUUUUCCUCAUUUCAAAUGAUAACCAAAAUCAAUUCAAACUGUGAGUUAAAAAAUAAGCAAUAUAACUAGGAACUCCAACUGACCCUAAAGAACAUAGUUAAUGAAGUAUAUGCAGCAGAGCAAACCAUUCAGCACCUGAGAGCAGUGCCAAAGACGCCGAGGCACACACUGUUCAUUUGUUUGUUUUUCCUUCCAUGGUUUUGGUAAUGGUAAUGCCAACCAGGUAUUUUCCUUUCUUACUUAAAGCACAAAUUGCCAUUUCUAAUUGCCUCAGAAAGCAGGGUUCCAUUUAGUUAAGGAUUUGUACUGCAGUAUCUGUGCUACAAACUGGCCAGAGAAGAACUGCCUCACAGUAAAACCAUUCAUAGUUCCUAAGUCAAAAAUGUGAGGGCUUUCGGGUGGGGUUUUAUUCUCUUAAGCAUUAUCGACACACCUUUCCCUCUCCUCAAUUUUAAGAGUUAGUGUAAAAUGAUCAUCGCGAAUCAGAAAAAUGAAAUAUCUACCUAGGAACUAAGAACUAGUUUGCAACCACGCUGACUCAUUUCUGUAGCCUACAGGAAAUUCGAGCUUACCUUUCUGAAAAGAAAGUGAGCUGUAAGUCUGAAAAUCCAUUCAAAACUCAUAAUACGUACUGCCAGCAUCAAAAAGCAGACACUAAUUUUUAAGCCAAAUAAUUGUAUUAUCACAUAUAAUUUCUUAAUGAGUCUAAGUUAAUUUCUGUACCAAUUCAAUGAAUGGAAUUGACUGAACUUCCUAAUUCUACUCACUAAUUAUUAAAGUCCAUCUGCUUAUUACAAUGCUAGUCACUAAAGCUAGACCCCAUCUUCCCAAUAAAAGCCAGCUCUAUGUAGCACUGGUCUGAAUUCUAAAAUAUGAAAUAGUCUUAUUAUUUUCUUGAGUCACACUUCCCACACAUAGCUGUGUAGGGGAGUGGGGCUAUAAAUUCUCUCUCUCUCUCUCUCUCUCUCUCUCUCUCUCUCUCUCUCUCUCUCUCUAAUAGGUACUUUUAAAGAAUAUUUUAACAACAAGCUUACAUGAUAAUUUUCCUAAUACAGCAAUUCAGGGACAGCACUAUUUCAAGUCUGUUUGGAACAAAUUUUUCAUAGCUUCUCAUAAAGUGCUUGAACCAGAAAAGAUUUUUUUUUUAAAAAAAGACAACAUGGGCCAUCUAUAGAUAAUAAGUACUUCUUUAGCUAACCUGGAGCAAACUCACAGCGCUUGAAAAACCAGAAAAUGACCACAGAUGCUUUCUUAUUCUACUAUUGUAAACAUCUGGAAACGUCUCCAACUCCUUCAACUAACCUUUUCUUCCCUUGAGUUUUUAAAAUCAGUAUGCUACAUGGAAUCUAUGAACACUGAGACUGGAAACUCAAAGUACAGUCCAAAUAUAUUUGUUCAAUUACUUUCAAGAGCCAUGGGGGGUGGGGUGUUGGGGGAUAGGAAGAAAAUACUAUCAUACAAGGAAUCGGGUUGGGAAAACCAUAAUACAGUGUACAGGAAAGUUUUGUUAUUAAAAUUGUGUAUACUGUAAAAAAA